AGUGGAAACAGCAUCAGCUGAGGAUUUUGAUGAACCCUUUAAACCCUAAUUGAUCGUUUUUAUUUUUUUUUGCGAUAAUCGGACAGCAAUGGAGGGUUUAGAGAAGUUUUACAGCAAGAUGGUGAAAGAUGCGAAAUCGGCAGCUUCUUCUUCUUCGUCUUCUCUUUCUGAUUUUGCGGAAAAUCUGAUGCAGGACAAACGAGGCUCCGGCAGCAACUUGACUACAUACGACUCAGGAUCCGGCGUUCUGGUCACCAGACCUCCGAGCGGCGUUUCGAUGUGGACGUGCUCAAAGCUGUGCGCUGUGUUCUUUGUAGCCGGGGUGUUUGUGGGUUAUACCCUUAAGAGAAGGGUUCGAAGGUGGGCUUCCAAAUUACUCAGAAAAAUAAAGGAUGAUUAAACUCAGACCUCUGUUUUGCCUUCUACUGCAGUUUCGGUACAGUUGACACAAAGGCAUUAUUACUUAUUAUCCUUCGUGAGUGUGUUUUAGUUCCAGUUUAUGGUGCUCGAGGCAUAUUUUUAAUGAAACUUUGUUUUUUUGUUUCCUUCGUGGCUAUUAGCUUAUAAUGGAAAUAGAGAUUGGAUCAUCUUUGCAAAGACUCGUAUAUUAUUUCGUAUAGUAAUUUUUUUUGUUA